ACGCGGAGCCCCAGGACCAGGCGCAGCCGCAGCCGCAGCCGGAGCCCGAGCCGCGGGGCGGGCGCGAAGAUGCACACGACCCAGAAGGACACGACGUACACUAAGAUCUUUGUGGGAGGGCUGCCCUACCACACCACCGACGCCAGCCUGCGCAAGUACUUCGAGGUCUUCGGAGACAUCGAGGAGGCGGUGGUCAUCACCGACCGGCAGACCGGCAAGUCCCGGGGCUACGGAUUUGUCACCAUGGCUGACCGGGCUGCUGCUGAAAGGGCCUGUAAGGAUCCCAACCCCAUCAUUGACGGUAGGAAGGCCAACGUGAAUCUGGCAUACUUGGGAGCAAAACCAAGAAUCAUGCAGCCAGGUUUCGCCUUUGGUGUCCAACAGCUUCACCCAGCCCUUAUACAGAGACCUUUCGGGAUCCCCGCCCACUACGUCUACCCGCAGGCUUUUGUGCAGCCUGGAGUGGUUAUUCCCCACGUCCAGCCCACAGCAGCUGCGGCUUCCACCACGCCGUACAUUGAUUACACUGGAGCUGCCUACGCACAAUACUCAGCGGCGGCGGCUGCGGCCGCUGCAGCUGCUGCCUAUGACCAGUACCCCUAUGCAGCAUCUCCAGCUGCUGCAGGCUACGUGACCACUGGGGGCUACAGCUACGCUGUCCAGCAGCCAAUCACUGCUGCGGCACCUGGGACGGCUGCAGCCGCAGCCGCAGCUGCUGCAGCCGCAGCGGCCUUUGGCCAGUACCAGCCUCAGCAGCUGCAGACAGACCGAAUGCAGUAGGACCAGCCGUCUGAUCAAAAGUCAAAGGGUUUCUCUUUUCCCUCCCAAUUUCCCAGUUUUUUGUAGUGAAUGAGAGGGUUAAUGUUGACUUUAAUAGCUUUAAAGGGAGAAGGCAAAGCUAUCGGGAAGCAGCGGAGGCAUUACUUUUUUCACACUCUGGGUAGUGCUGGGGAUGAAGAGGGGAGGAUGGGGGUGGGGGAAGAGAAGCAGUUUUGGAAGUCAAUCCCAAAGAGCCUGAGUUACACAGAUAGCCACUAGGACACAAUGGCAGGGGUAUCAAAUGGGACUUAACUUUUGUAUGGGGAUUUUUAUUUUUUGCUCUUUUUAUAGUAUCAGGGAAGCAAACUGCCUUUUCCAAGUUAGAAAAUGCUUUGUGAAUCUAGCUGAACCAGGGAAAAUGGAGUGAGCAAUAUGUAGCUUGGAUUCUGUGUAAUAGUAGAUUUUUAAAAACAAACACAAACAGAUGGCAAAAGCGCUGGUUGUCCUUCGGCGCAGUCCCCCCGGUGGCCUGCAGAACUAAAUGGGCAUCGAACAAUCAACUUAAGAGUGUGACAGUAGGUACAGUGGCAGGCAGGUACCAAAGCUGUUUUCUCAUCUGUCCUGUGGACUUGUGGGAUUGUGGAGUGACUGAUACUGUACCCGCCCACCGCUCAGACAAUCAAUGGCACACACAGUUCGGGAAAGAGUCCAUCCCUUGUCCUUGCUGGAGGAGCUUGUCACAUCCUAAUCCCUCUCCCCAACCUGUUUCACUUGGGGAAACUUUCAUCUGCUGGUCGGGCUUCCGCCACCACUUUUCUAUUUAUUGUAUGGACCGACCGUGGAUCUUGGGUAAAGGCAGGUGAAGUCAGCGGAUGCUCAACCCUUCAGGACCGCCUGGAGGGCCUUUAUUUUCUUCCCCUGUUUUAAAUAAUUUUACACUUUUUAGUAUCUAUUUCAGAGUCCUAUUUAAAACUAUUUAUUAGUGACUGCAGUACCUAAGACAGCAAGGUUCUUGACAUUACAGGUCUUUGAUGGUUGAUGAUCAUGUACUUUAUAAUGUGCCUUAAUAAUAAUCCUAUUUAAGAUAUUUAUUUUUAAGUUUUACUAUGCUGCACUCUAAAGGAAGGAACUUUAGACGUGACACUGUAAAAUUAUGUAUUCAUCUCAUGGCAUAAGUUAUUUAGUAGGUCUAGAUGUAGCAUAUUAAAUAUUAACCUAUUCAACUAAAGAUGUUGGCUUGGAUUUAUUUAAAUUCCUAUGUGCACUGUUCAAGAGGGUACUCCUACCUGAACGCAUCUGAGUUUAUUUUAGUCUUGAGAUUUUUUUGCUGUUAAGCAGGCUAUGUUGCUCUUUCUGUGCUUCCUUCUCUUGGUUGUUUUGCCGCUGGGGAUCUCCUCAAUCGGGAACUCAUGACUUCCCCACUUUCCUUGUGUAGUGCGUGUAGUUUAUUAAAAUACGGCUUUAUAUUUUCCUUCUGAAAGUGCGAUACUUGCAAUUUUUACUCUUAAACGAAAUUGAAAUACUAUUUUACACUGUAUUGGACUUUUAUACUUGAAGAACUUCAUACAAGGGACAACAGGUUAGCGUUUUUAUGGACCUCCUCCAUUGUCACUGGAUUUAAGUAUUCCCAUGCCAGACAGUGGUACGCAAUGGAGACGUGGCUCUCCUGUACAAAUUAUUUAUUUGUUGUGUAUAUCGCUUUAUAACAUUUCAGAUCUUCUAAUCUAUUCACUUGUAUUAAAUAUAAUUUU